GACCCGGAGGAGAAGCGCCGCAUCGGCCAUUUUGGGCUCAAAGGGGGCUUUUCUGUCACCACGUGAGGGCUGGGUUAGUUAGUCCGACACGGGCACUAAAUCGAGCCGAGCGAGGACUCAGAGAACAAGGGGGUAAAAACCGGGGAAGACGCUGCCUCACAGAGCCGCACUCAUUUCACAUGUGCUGAUAGAGAGAGGGAGUAAAGGAUGCCGACAGUCACUCUGCCUCCCAAAGAAAACGCUCUGUUCAAGAGGAUCCUGAGAUGUUAUGAACACAAGCAGUACAGAAAUGGACUGAAAUUCUGCAAACAGAUUCUCUCCAAUCCCAAGUUCUCUGAACAUGGAGAGACGCUGGCGAUGAAAGGCCUGACCCUGAACUGCCUGGGGAAGAAAGAAGAAGCCUAUGAACUUGUCCGCAGAGGUCUCCGAAAUGACCUGAAGAGCCACGUCUGCUGGCACGUGUACGGUUUGCUCCAGAGGUCUGACAAGAAGUAUGACGAGGCUAUUAAGUGCUACAGAAACGCACUGAAAUGGGACAAAGACAACUUGCAGAUCCUUCGAGAUCUCUCCCUCCUGCAGAUCCAGAUGAGAGACCUGGAGGGUUACAGGGAGACCCGGUAUCAGCUGCUGCAGUUGCGGCCAGCGCAGCGAGCGUCAUGGAUUGGCUACGCCAUUGCGUAUCACCUCUUAGAGGACUAUGAGAUGGCUGCCAAAAUCAUUGAGGAGUUUAGAAAAACACAACAGACAUCUCCUGACAAGGUGGAUUAUGAGUACAGUGAGCUGCUGCUGUAUCAGAAUCAGGUCCUGAGGGAGGCGGGACUCUUCAGAGAAGCUCUGGAGCAUCUCACCACCUACGAGAAACAGAUCUGUGAUAAACUGGCCGUGGAGGAAACCAAAGGGGAGCUGCUGUUGAAUCUGGAACGGUUUGAGGAGGCGGCAGAUGUGUACAGACGACUACAGGAGAGAAAUCCUGAAAACUGGUCUUAUUACCAUGGCCUGGAAAAAGCCCUUAAGCCUGCAAGUACAGAAGAGAAGCUGAAGAUCUAUGAGGAGGCCUGGGAGAAAUACCCUAAAGGCCUCGUACCUCGCAGAUUACCACUCAGCUUCCUGUCCGGAGAUAGGUUUCGGGAGUGUCUGGAUAGAUAUUUAAGAAUGAACUUCAGUAAGGGCUGUCCUCCAGUCUUCACCACACUCCGAUCUCUCUAUCAGGACAAAGAGAAGGUGUCAAUAAUUGAAGAAUUAGUUGUUGGUUUUGAAACAUCAUUACGGAGCUGUCGAAUGUUCAGCCCAAAUGACAGCAACACAACUGACACGUUCAAGACCCAGAAAGAUGAUGGCAAAGAGGAGCCACCCACUACGUUACUCUGGGUGCAAUAUUUCCUGGCUCAGCACUAUGAUCAGAUCGGCCAGCACACCAUGGCUCUCGAAAACAUCAACGCUGCCAUUGAGAGCACACCUACUCUGAUAGAGCUCUUCCUCAUUAAAGCCAAGAUAUACAAGCAUGCUGGGAAUAUCCGGGAAGCAGCUCGUUGGAUGGACGAAGCUCAGGCCCUGGACACAGCAGACCGUUUUAUUAACUCCAAAUGCGCCAAGUACCUGCUUAAAGCAGGUCUGAUUAAGGAGGCUGAGGAAAUGUGCGCCAAAUUCACUAGGGAGGGAGCGUCUGCGGUAGAGAAUUUGAAUGAGAUGCAGUGCAUGUGGUUCCAGACUGAAUGUGCUCUGGCCUAUAAAUCCAUGAAGAAAUAUGGAGAAGCACUCAAAAAAUGCCACGAGAUUGAAAGGCACUUUGUAGAGAUAACAGAUGACCAGUUUGACUUCCAUACGUACUGCAUGCGGAAGAUGACGCUGCGUUCCUAUGUGGACCUGCUUAAACUGGAGGACGUGUUACGUAUGCACCCAUUCUACUUUAAAGCCUCACAAACCGCCAUCCAAAUCUACCUCAACCUGCAUGACAACCCGCUAACGGAUGACAGCAAGGAACUACAGGCUGAUACUGGGAACCUGACUGACAAAGAACUGAAGAAGUUAAGAAAUAAGCAACGAAGAGCACAGAAGAAAGCACAGCUGGAGGAAGAAAAAAAGAAUGCAGAGAAAGAGAAACAGUUAAAGAACCAGAAAAAGAAAAAAGAGGAUGAUGACGAAGAGAUCGGUGGACCUAAAGAGGAACUUAUACCAGAGAAACUCGCCAGGGUUGAGAACCCGUUAGAUGAAGCUGUAAAGUUUUUGACACCCUUGAAAAACCUGGUGAAGAAUAAGAUAGACACACACCUUCUGGCCUUUGAGAUCUACUUUAGGAAAGAAAAGUUCCUCUUAAUGCUGCAGUCAGUGAAGAGGGCCUAUGCAAUAGACCCGGACCACCCUUGGCUUCACCAGUGUUUAGUGCGCUUCUUUAAAGGAGUGUCCGAAAGUAAAGACCUAGCAGAAUCGGUCAGCAUGGUUCUCAAGCAGGAAAUCUCCAGGCUGUUUGGGGAAAGUAAUGCUAAGAGCUUCAACCAGGCCUUCCUCACCAAGCACUUCAAUUCCAUCCCUCAUCGAGUAGCAGCUGCCAAAAUGAUGUUCUACUUAGACCCUUCAACACAGAAGAAAGCGGUGGAACUGGCUGUAGCACUUGAUGAAUCACUGAACAACAGAAACAUUCAGAUCUGUACAGAGGUUUUGGAAAGCCUGCGUGGUGGCAUCCUUGGAGAGGCUAAGGAAACCGCCGAGUUAUACCGAGCGGAGUGUCAUAAGAUCUACCCCUAUACGCUGGCCUUCAUGCCCCCAGGCUACGAGGAAAACAUGAAGAUUGCGGUCAAUGGAGAUGUCUCCACAGAAACUGAGGAGCUGGCCAAUGAUAUGUGAACGUCCGAAGAGGGUGAAGGACUGAGGGAGGAGGUGGAAUGGGAAGCGGUGCGGCACCGCCACUGUCAAACACCCGAGACGGUUGCCACUGACUAUUGCGAUUAUGUGAGGAACUUCCUGCGAUCUUCUACACCCCCAGAAAUUGCAGUUAGGACUGACAGACAAUGACUGUGUUUUGGAGUGGAGGAAGAAGAGGAGGGGUAUGGGGGGGAGAAGAGGAAGAAGAGGAGGGGUAUGGGGGAGAAGAGAAUGAAAUGCCCAUUUUACUUUUUUAACCUUGCUGAUGACUACUCUCUAACUGAAAACUAGUCAAACAUGCAUCCCAUUUUGAAAUACAGUAUGUCUGAAUGCAAACUUUGUGCAAUGGUGAGAGCAAAUCCCAUAGUCAACAAACCGAGCAAGAGAAGCGCACUCAAACCCAUCUUUCCCCUGUUUUAAAGAGUAAUUUAUAUGAAAAAUAAAAGCUUAAAAGGAUGCGUGGCUUGUUGUGCAAAAGAUCUAUUUUGAGUUGUUGUGAAAAGGCAGCUGAAUCAUUGGACACGGUUUAGGGGAGAGACUGGGUGUGGACAGGAAGUGAUGUCAUAAUGGGGAAGCAGCAUGUGUAGAGGUUCCUUAUUGCAUAUCUUGAAGAUUGAAGAGGAGGCUGUAUCCAACAAACGACAGUAAACUGUGAUCAAGAACCUGUGAAGUUGACAAAAGCAAACCUUUUUCCUCCUUUCUCCUUCAUUUUACCUCAUUCUAUCACUCUGUUUGAUCCAAAUGGGUUACAGUGUUCAAAGACGAGUUUGUUGUAUGAUAGAUUUUUUUGUAAUAAAAAAAUCAAACAGUGAGAGCACA